AUGCACGUCGCCUGCGUGCCGUUCGGCGGCGUGCACAUCGUGCUCGUCGGCGACUUCCUGCAGCUGCCGCCGGUAAGGGCGGGUUCAAUCUACUUGGACCCCAUGUACAAGGCGCGGCCGAGCACCGUCGGCGUCCAGGGCUUCGAGUUGUGGCGACAGGUUACAACCAUCGUCAUGCUGGACGAAUCGCGUGAGCGACCUGCGUACGUCGCGACGGCGAAGGGCAUCACGAACGGCACGCUCGGCCGACUCGAGUACGUCCACUUCCCGGCCGACACCGAGUUCCGGCUCGUCCGCGACGCUGCAACGUCGAUGAUCGUGCGCCUGCCGAGCCGCGCACCAGAAUACGCCGUGAUCCGCGUACCGCGCCCGCAGGCUGUCGCGGUGCGGCCGGGCGGCGACCCAGAUCGGUUCCCCGUCUUGUUCAACACGAAGGCCAAAGCGAAGACCACAAUCAGGCUCGCGCCGGCGCCCGACGGCCAACCGCGCGCCGUCACCGUGCGACCGCAGCAAUUCCCCUUCGCGUGCGCGGUCGGGUCGACCGUGUACAUAGUCCAAGGCGAAACGCUACGGUCAAUGGUCGUCGUCGACGGUCGUGAUUAA